UCUAAACGGCCAUUUCAGAGAUUCCCUACCGCAACGUUCUCAAGAAACACUGACCGCUCUGCGUUGUGCAUUCGUCUGAAACAACUGACACUCAGUGUUUGAGUCAAACGUUUUUUUCUUCUUUUCUGUUGCAUUCUGUGGUGACUUGCUAAAAUUAUGGCUGAUGGAGCACAGACAACCACUAAGAAGCACAAGCAGUUUGUGAGUGAGCCAAUGGGAGACAAGUUAGUGACAGAACUUGGAGGUAUUGGACCCAAAUAUGGAGAAAGGUUACGAGCAGAAGGCUUUGAAAAGGCGUACAAUGUCCUGGGGCAGUUUCUUGUGUUGAAUAAAGACAAAGAUCUCUUCAUCGAUUGGUUAAUGGAAACAGCUUGUACAAACACCAAGUGUGCAACAGAUUGUUACAACUGCUUGAGAGACUGGAGCGAUUCCUUCAUAUAACUGCAUAAUAAUGUCAUUGACACCAUUGUGUCUGGAUUGGUUCAAUACCAGAACAGGUUGUUGCUGCUUUCUCAGCAAGUAGGCACUGUACUUUGAUGAAACUUUUAUAUGUGACUUUUAUUGUAUCUUGCUUUGCAGUUUUGCCUACUAUGUAUAAAAAGUAUUACGUUGACAAAAAACAAAUUAUGUUUUUUAAAAUUGUAAUGAACCAUUAUAAGGAACUGUUAGUGCAAACUCCAAAAGGUUUCCUUAAAAUUUCCUACCACUAAACUUGUGGAGCCAGACAAGUUGCAUUUUCACAAGUCUGGCUCUACGUUUAGCAAAGUAAGCAAAACAAGUGCGCUAAGAAUCAAGCCUCGGUGCUUGUUCCAUUGAUUAAAAUAAGUGCUAUCUAAUAAGUGUAUCUCGUUGGGCCCCCGCACCACGGCCCCCCCUUUCAAUGUUGGCUCUCAUUGCGCAAUCUGCAUUGCCAUCAACAUUGAGCGUGGGAAGAAGAUUGUUUAUAGUCCUGUUGCGAAUGAGUGGCUCAAGCAUUUGAGACAGGAUGAGUUUUAAAUAUAAGAAAUUUGAAUAGUUAAGUAAUUUUUUUACUAUAAAUGUUUGCGGUUUGGUGGCUAGCCAUUGUCAAUGGACCCAGCCAAAGGAGAGUCUAUCAAAGGGGUCUAUCAACAGCAACCAGCCACCAACCAAGGUCAUUACCAUGCAGUUAUUGCCAUUAAUAAAUGACUUCAACAAUAAAAUACUGUUUAAAAUCA